AUGGUCACUCCUCUCAAGAAGCACACCAUCGUGAAGAAGCACACCGCUACCUUCAAGCGUCACCAGUCUGACCGCUACAAGACCGUCAAGGAGUCAUGGAGAAAGCCCAAGGGUAUUGAUAACCGUGUCCGUCGUCGCUUCAAGGGCCAGAUCGUCAUGCCCAAGAUCGGUUACGGUAACAACAAGAUUACCCGCCACUUGAUGCCUUCCGGCUUCAAGAAGUUUGUUGUUGCCAACAUCUCCGAGUUGAACCUCUUGUUGAUGCACAACCGCACCUUUGCCGCCGAGAUUGCCCACAACGUCUCGUCCCGCAACCGCAUUGCCAUUGUCGAGCGUGCCCAGCAGCUCAACAUCCGCGUCACCAACGCUAACGCUCGCGUCCGUACCGAGGCUUAA